AGAAGAAAAUAACCACCCAAGCAACACUUUCUCUCCCAAUCUUCAGUUCCCCAAAAAGUUCAAUUCAUAAGCAAAUUGUGAAGGAAAAACACUACUUUUUUUUUUGUCAAUUUUACAAUUCAUCAUAGCUAGGCUUGUGAGGAACAAAUACAAAAAUAAUGCCAAGCAAGUUAAAGAAGGCCAUUAGUGCAGUGAAAGAUCAAACCAGCAUUAGCAUAGCCAAAGUUGCAAGCAACAACUCCUCAUCCUCCAACCUUGAAGUUGCCGUCCUCAAAGCCACCACCCACGACGAUGACCCCGUAGACACGCGCUACAUCCGCGAGCUCCUCCACCUCGUCUCAGCCGAUAAGGUUUACGCAGCGGCCUGUGCGCGUGCCAUAGGCAAACGCAUUGGUCGCACGCGAAACUGGAUCGUCACAUUAAAAUCUUUGCUCCUCGUCCUCCGAAUCUUCCAGGACGGAGAUCCUUAUUUCCCGCGAGAAGUCCUUCAUGCCAUGAAACGUGGCGCGAGAAUCCUCAACCUCUCGGGCUUUCGUGACGCCUCCCAUUCAAGUCCGUGGGACUUCACGGCUUUCGUCAGGACGUUCGCGUUAUAUCUUGACGAGCGCCUAGAUUGUUUUCUAACGGGAAAACUGCAACGGAGAUUCACACAAAGUUCAUUAGGGUUUCGUGGACGGAGGCCCGACGAGCCUGUUCGGGAAAUGAAACCGACAAUGUUGUUGGAUAGGAUCGGGCAUUGGCAGCGGUUGUUAGAGAGGGCAAUUGGCACUAGGCCGACGGGGGCUGCCAAGGCUAACCGCCUCGUGCAAAUCGCCCUUUACGCGGUGGUGGAAGAGAGUUUCGAUUUGUACCGAGACAUAACCGACGGGCUAGCCAUUAUAAUUGAUGGCUUUUCGAAGCUCGAGCAUCAAUCGGGGGUGAUCGCUUUCCAGACGUGCUUGAGGGCAGCCCGGCAGUGCGACGAGCUCGCCGAAUUUUACGGAGUCUGCAAAAGCUUGGGAGUCGGGAGAACAUCGGAAUACCCCUGCAUUCAGAGAUUCUCCGGCGAGCUGAUUGAAUCUCUCCAGCAGUAUCUCAAAGAUAACUCAUCAUUUCAAAAGAAUCACACGCCGUCGUUUCUUCUUCCCCCAAAACCGACCAGUUCCCGAGCCAGCCACGGCGGACAAUCCGAACUCUCCGCCGCAACCGACGGGUCGUCGGAAACAGGGUCGGUGGCGACAUCGCUAGAGGAUCUCUUAUGCGCCACACUAACCACCGCCGGGAAGAAUCCGGCGAUUUCAAUUGACCUGGAGGCUUAUUCACAUAGAGACGAAAAAAACUUCAAGCUGAGCGAAUCCGGGUCAACGAAGUCAUUGCCGGCGUCUAAUUCCUUCGCCGAUCUUCUGUCCUUGGACGAUUGGGACGAGGAUGGGGAAACCCGACCCGCUGAAGAAACGGCCCCGGCAACAAACAACGCCGGCACCGACUCUGAGCAGAGUAAUGGAGCCAUGGGUUGGGAACUCGUGCUUUUCGAAACGCCGCCGCAGGAGGCGGCGCCGGCGGGAGGGAAUAAUUUUGAAACCUUGUUUGGUGGUCCGGUUUCAUCGUCGUUGCCACCUCAUCAUCACUACUAUAACCCUUUUCUUCAAGAUGAACUUUUUCCAACCUUUCCAAACGGAACACAAUACCCAUCGCCGGACAUGUUUGCUUUAGUACCGGCGUUCCAAGAAACACCGCCCACAUAUUCUUCACCAUCAUUGUCGACCAAUGCGGCGUCGUUUCCCGGCAUUCAGGACCAGUAUUCACCGGCGCCUACAUUCCGAGCAACGGCGCCCGCAUUUCCAGGAGGAGGUCCGACGACGGGAACGGGGUCAACGCAAAAUGACGAGAAUGACCCUUUCGCGUCAUUGUUGAACGACCCAAUGUUUGGCGGGUCAAAUUCGAGGGGAAGGAACUUGGUGCAAGAGCAACAACUUUGGUUGCAUAAUCAAAAUAAGAUUAUAGCAAAGCAUUUGUCUUAAGAUUAUAACAUAUACGUAGUAUAUAGGCAUGAUUUUUUUAUUAGGCAUAAUUUUUAUUUGUAUGUAUAUGAAAUGUAUGCAUGCACAUUUUUUGUGAUUGUAGUGGUUCAGUAGUAUUUUUGUCAGCUUGUUAUCCUCUUCUCUAGAUUGUAUCAUUAAUACGAGUUGUGAAAAAUAUGA